UUGAUUAAAACAUUUAUGUUUCUAUUGCAGAUUGCCACAGAAGCAAUAGAAAAUAUUAGAACUGUUGUUAGCUUGACCCGAGAAAGAAAAUUUGAGUUGAUGUAUGGAGAAUAUUUGAUUGUACCAUACAGGUAUAAUAAAAAGUUGGCUGCAGCCCCAUUUCCAUUGUCCUUUUCUCCAUUGUCUAUUGAUUAUUUUUUCCCUGAUUUCUUUUGUAGAGUGUUUUCAGCUGUUGUAUUUGGUGCAAUGGCCUUAGGAGAAACCAGCUCUUUUGCUCCAGACUAUGCUAAAGCCAAGAUAUCAGCAGCCCACCUGUUUCAGCUGUUUGAAAGAGUGCCCUCAAUAGAUAGUUACAGUGAGGAAGGACAGAAGCCUGAAACAUUUGAGGGAAACAUAACCAUCAAAGAUGUGGCAUUUAACUAUCCAAACCGACCAGAGGUCAAAAUCCUCCAGGGUUUGAAUCUAAAAGUAGAAAAGGGACAAACUCUGGCUCUUGUUGGUAGCAGUGGCUGUGGAAAGAGUACUGUUGUUCAGCUGCUCGAGAGAUUUUAUGACCCACUUGAUGGAGAAAUGCUUUUUGAUGGCAAAGGUGCCAAGGCACUAAAUAUCAAGUGGCUGAGAGCCCAGAUUGGUAUCGUCUCACAAGAGCCAAUCCUGUUUGAUUGCACUAUCGCUGAAAACAUCGCGUAUGGAGAUAACAGUCGUCAGGUGCCAUUUGAGGAAAUUGUUAAUGCAGCAAAAGAAGCCAAUAUUCAUACCUUCAUUGACUCUCUGCCAGAUGUAAGUUAUUCCUUUUCUCUCCCACUUGGAACUGGAAGUGACCUAAAGUGGCAGGGAAAAAUUGUGUCUGCUUGUAAAUACCUGGGGUACAAUAAUUCCCUGAGACUUGUUCUCCUGCCAUGCACCUCGGUAAUGAGCCUGGUUCCAUCUAAUCCUCUUGACUAUCACACCUGCUAUAACAGUUUUGACUCUUUGCCAACACAGGCUAAUCCUAAAUCAGGAAGCUUGAGCAAGAUAUUCCCUUUCCCUCACUCUCUCUCAUAUUGCAGUUUACUUCGCAGCUGUCAGAAUAGUUCACCUUUUGGUUUGUUCAUUGUGCAGAUUGUUCAGGAAGCGCUGGAUAAAGCCAGAGAAGGCCGUACCUGCAUCGUGAUAGCUCACCGCCUCUCCACCGUCCAAAAUGCUGACAAGAUUGCUGUCAUACAGAACGGCAAGGUCGUAGAGCAAGGCACCCAUCAGCAGCUUCUGGCUGAAAAAGGCAUCUACUAUUCUCUGGUCAAUGUUCAAAGUGUGUAAUGCAACAUGGAGAAUAAAGGCAGUACUUACCUCUGAACUCCCACUGGAGCUACUUCUGCCACUGUAAUUAUUUCAAUAUCAGCAGUCAGUCUUGAUACUUUUGGUUUUCUUCCUUCCUUUCAUAAAUCAUACAAAACUAAGUAAAUAUGUACCAGUUUCUCUGUAUUAGCUUUCAUUAUUCAAACAGCUUUAUUAUGUGGCCAAAACAAUGGCCUAUUGUCCUCGUGAAAGUAGAAGCAUGCUAAGCCAAAUGUAAUUAAUAUUAGCUUGCUUUGAACUCUGUCAAAAGUCACAUUAAACAGGCUUGUCUGUAAGCAACUUGGAAACAUUUUCAUGCUCAGUAAAAGUAGCUUUGCUAUUGUCAGAAAGAAACCUCAAGCCUUAUCCUCACUGUGCCUGUGUAAGACACAAGUCAGUCCUGGCCUAUUGGGCUUGUUACCAACCUGUUAUGAGAACUUGCUGGUCAGCUGAAAUUUGAUUCCAGGUGUCCCUUGUGGAGUUUAAGCCUAGGAUGACAGUAAAUGUCUUGAAAACAUGGGCAAAGUCUGAAAAAAAGGGUCUCAAAACUGCAAGUACCUCAGUGGUGGUUGGUUACUGAUCCCCAAAGAGUCGCAACCUUAAGAGAUGGAAAAAGACAUAACACAGGAAAGAAACAGCAGAUCAGAAAAAAUCCCAUAACUGAUGGGCAAGACAAAGCACCUGCUGCAGCCCAGGAAAGAACUAUCUGCAAGUGUCCCGAAGUCGUAGGGGUCAGAGGUCAAAGUCUAAGAAUUCUGAAGACUGCAAUAUUUUAUAAAAGGUGAAAAUCCUGGAUUUGGACUUGGAGGAGGGGGAAGGAAGGCAUCUUUUUCAUUGUUAGCAUGCUUUACUGAAGAGCUCUUGAACCUGAUCACCGUGACUGAGACUCCCAAGGACUGUAAUUGUUGGUGCUAAAUCCUUGACAUCAGCUCUGUGACAUUGUAUAUUAUUUGCUUAUUUAGGAUGACUGUUAAGCGCUAGCUGCUUUGAAUAUGUAGUAAUAUUGAUUCGUAACUCUUAAUAACUAAGCAUGAAGCAAUGUAUAUUGUUAAUGCAUAUUUAUUCAGUAAAGUUUUGUUUUUAAGUUUAAAA